AUGUAUGUGACAAGGCCUCUCUCUGUGUUCCAGAAGAACCCUUCCAUGCUCUCUUUGCCACCUCCGGAAGGUCCAAAUUCCGGUAUUUUGGUUAUUCAAGAUGAAGAAUCAGAGCCUACAAUUUGCUGUGGAUUGUUUAAAGGCCAUGAGCUCAAGGACCUUCCUUUCCCUCAGAAUAAGAAUCUGAAGCUACGUUAUUCAUCAGGCGCAGGAGAGAACACAUCCGUUUAA